UCCCCGAUACACAGGUUGCAGAAAGGUGGGCGCCGGUUGGCUUUGGGCAGACCAGAUUUAACUCGAAGUUCUUUGCUCGUUCUCUUCGUCCUGACAGAGCGCUGGUGUCGUUGGUUCAGGUCGAGUAUGCCAACAAUCUUUUGUCCUCUGUUACAAAUGUUGGAUGUAACUUCUCCCAUAUGCAAUUCAUGAAUUCCUGAUGGGCUUUUGGUAUCAAAUGGGCAGAUCGUCGGUCGUGAUGUCUUCUCCACGUUCCCGUAAUGCUAUUGUAGCAGCAGGUUUAGUAGCUUUUGCUGCAGCUGGAUUGGCUUUUCCAUUUCUAAUGGGAACACUGAGGAAGAAACCUCUGAUCGACUCCUCAAAACCACUGCCACCGCAGGCGACUUUUCGAGGACCAUAUGUGAACACUGGUUCGCGUGAUAUUGGACUGGACCCCAAGCGAUCAUGACAGUGCAGAAGGACGCAGUCUUCAAUUGCCAACUUUGAUGAGCAGUGUAAUCACUGAACGGUGGAUCUUAUCUACAAAAAGGAGGGUCAUUCGAAUGCCCAGGAGAUCAAUGAUCUUCCCGCAACUACACUAAAUCUGUUCGUAAGGCAAACUUCAUAACAGAUAAAACAAUGUUUAUUACGAGAUUGUUUGGCAGUAGAGCUACUUUGUUAGGGUUUCAUAAAUCUGUUUGAAAGAUUGCGUUUCAUAAAUCUGUUUGAAAGAUUGCGGUAGAUUUAUAAAACAAGAAAACUAUUGUUCGAUGACUUU